AUGUCAAAGCCUCCGUCUGCAUCUGAGCAUACUUGGUCGGAACCCCUGGUGACACCGGCGACCGCGAAUCCCCAUGACGGCGUCUACCCGUCCAACCCGUCCCCAGACAAGCAGUCGCGCCGUCCCCUCGUCAAAGAUCAGGACGGUGUCUACCAUGCCUCCUCCCCCUCGCGCGCCGAAUCCCCCACCUCAUCCCAAUGGGCCCAACCCGUCGCCCAGUUCCCACUGAAGCGAGCCACCACCUUGCCGCUGGAGCGACUCGCCCGCCCCGAGCGCGCUCACAGUCCCCAACUGUCUGAGCGAGACAGCAUCUUCGCCACCCACUACCUUCCCUCCGAUACCGACAGCUCCGGCGCCACCGGCAACCCCAGCACCACUGCCGCCGCCGCCGCCGCCGCCGCCGCCGCCCCCCUGUCACGGCCCCCGGGCCCCCCGUCGUGGUCGCCGUCCUCGCGGCGUCCGCUCCUCGCGUCGCCCUUCGAUUCUGAGGCGGUCUGGGGCGGCGGGGCCCCGGCGUCCCCCUCGCCGGCGACGGGGGAGGCCUCGGUUGACGCCCGCGCCAGGCGCAGUUUGCUCUCUGCCUCCCUCAGCGAUGACGUCGUCCUUCCCGAUCGCCCGUCGCGAGCGGAGCGCCCGUCUGGGGGCCCCGGGGAGCGGAACGCCAGCCGGAGUCGCCGCGGGCGCGUGGAGCACUCCAUCGAAGCCAACCUGGCCAACGCCGAGAUGGCGUCGCACGUCCGCAGCCGCAAAUCGAGUCACUACCUGGGCCUCUUCAAGGAAAACACCACCUCGCCGGAUCGGAAGCGACGGGAGGACCGGGCGCGUGCCGACGAGCUUCCGGCGGCAGGGGACGCCCAGGCGGACUUGGAGCCGUCCGGGGAACCCCCCGCCCCGCCCGAGGCCACCGGUCGGCGAACCACCCAGAGCGUGCCGCGCCUCUCCUGGCACGACCCCCCGGUCAUGACGCCUACGCCCCCCGACACCGACCUGCGGCACGCGCGGAGCGACGACCUGUCCAUCCGCCCGCCGACGGCCCUGCCGCGCAGCCUGCUCGAGGAGAUCCGCAACUUCCACCUGACCCCGGGCGGCGCGCGCGGCUCCUCGUUCUCCGAGAGCAUCCCCACCCAGUAUGCCGAACGGGGCGGCGACUAUCUCAACAAGGGGACCCCCGGGGACGAGACCGAGGACCGCGGGUCGCGUCGGGGGUCGUCGGGCGGUCCCGUCGAGGACGAGGAGGACGAGCAGAUCGCCUCGGCCGUCUACUUCCCCCACGAGUCUGUCGCGGUGUCGGAGGCGGCGGACCCCCGGCGGCGGUUGGGCGCCACGGACGAGCUGCCGGACGGAGCCCCGCCGCUGGCCGUCUCGCCCGCCCCGCGGAAUCACUUGCUGGUGCCCACGCGACAGAGUCCGCCCGAGGGACCCGAGCCCAGCCACGUCGACAUCUCCCUGCGGUCGCGGACCGAUCGUAGAAUCUUGCACGGCGACCUGCAGGGUCUGCAGGCCCCGUCCGUAGACGACCGCGCCCCCCCGCCGCCGUCCCUCGGCGCCCUCCUCCCCGACCGCCCCGGCGACGAGUCGACCUGCGAGUCGGAGUUCGGCUCCGGGUACGGCAGCGAGAUCUCCGUUGUGGACGAGGAGUCGAGCCUGACCGAUAACAUCGACAUCGACGUGACCCCGACCGCGACGCCGACCCAGGACGCCCGCGCGUGGCGGCACCGCCGCAAGCAGCACGGCCAACUGGUCGGUGCCGUCGAGCUGAAGCCCUACCGCCAUCAGGUCGGCGGCCACACCACCGUCUUCCGCUUCUCCCGCCGCGCCGUGUGCAAGCAGCUCAACAACCGCGAAAACGAGUUUUACGAGCGGAUCGAACGCCGUCACCCAGACAUGCUGAUGUUCCUCCCACGAUACAUCGGCGUCCUGAACGUAACGUUCUCGAAGACCCCCAAGCGGCCCAAGGCGGCCUCCGAGAGUCAGGAGCAGCCGCCAAACCCCGCCGACCGGCUCGUCAGUCGCACCCGGGAGCCUCCCCUCGCCGAGCCCGCCUCCGUAAGCGGCGCCCCCCUGUCCGAGGUCGUCGAAAAACCGCGGAUCUUCAGUCAGAGCCAGGUCACGGGUAUCAUCCCCAAGGUCAUCCUGGAGAACAACCGCCACAUCAUCCCCGCUGAUCUCUUCUCCCGCCCCCAGCGCCCCCGCACCGCCGACGGCGUGCGCCCGAGUCGGCCGCGAUCCGCCCAGGGUCCCGGCGCGCCGACCGAUCCAUCCCCGCUGGGGGGUGGCCGUGCCGCCGGGGAGGAGGACCCGGUUCCCACCACUUCCCCCCGCAAGCCGCUGUCGCGACCCAUCUGGGGCGCCACGACCGUUAACCGGAAGCUGCAGGAGCAGGUCCUCCGGGAAGUCUUCAGCCCCCCGGCCAUCCACCACCAUCGUCGGCACCCACGCGGCCAUCUCAACCUCCCGCGCACCACCUCCGACGGGGGCCGUCGCCGCGCCAAUCAAUCCGAGGAUCAAACGGCCAGCAGCCGUCGCAGCGCGCCGGCGCCCCCCGAGCCCCCGCGGUCCACGGCCAUCGACAUCGCGACGGCGGCGGCCGACUCCCAGGGCCUGUCGUCGUCCGCCUCCACGGCGCUGGACGCCGCCACGUCCUCCCGCCUCGAGAAGAUCCGGACGGAGGAGGCGGCACCGCCCCGGUCGAAUUCACUGUCGCGCACCCGUCCGGUGCGACGCCGUCAUUCCGGCAGUGGCCUGCAGCGGCUCGGCAGUCUCGACGCGGAGCACCCCGGCGGGGACCUGGUGUUCGUCGACGACGACGGGUACGGUGGCGACCAGGAGGACGAGAUCUUCGCGAUGGAGGGCGAUGCGUCCAUGCCACCGCCGCCGCCGCCACCACCGUCGCUGCCGCCCCCCGCUCCCGCCGACGGCCGGCAACCGUCCCCAUCUCCGACCCGUGCGCCGAACGGCGGGGCUGGGGAGACCGCGCACACGCCCUUCGACCUCGUGCGCGCCGACCCGACAGGCACCGGCGGCGGCGGCGGCCGGUUCGCGCUGCCCUCCAACCCCAAGGAGGCCCAGACCCGGAAGGACGAACGGGUGCAGUUCUUUCUGCUGCUGGAGGAUCUGACGGCGGGCAUGAACCGGCCCUGCGUGCUGGACCUGAAGAUGGGCACGCGGCAGUACGGGAUCGACGCCGACGAGAAGAAGAAGAAGUCCCAGCGCCGCAAGUGCCAGUCGACGACCUCGCAGCAGCUGGGGGUUCGGCUCUGCGGCAUGCAGACCUGGAACGUCCGCAAGCAGGAGUACACCUUCGAGGACAAGUACUUUGGCCGCGACCUCAAGUCUGGCCGCGAGUUCCAGGACGCGUUGACCCGCUUCCUGUACGACGGCGUCAGCUACUCGAGCGUGGCGAAAAAGAUUCCCAUCAUCCUCGAUCAGCUGGCCCGGCUCGAGAACAUCAUCCGACGGCUGAAGCGCUAUCGCCUCUACGCGAGCAGCCUGCUGAUCCUCUACGACGGCGAACAGGCUCCCACUGCUGACGACCCGCGGUCCGGACGCGCGCCGGACGACGAACACAACAACCCGAACGUCCACCUCAGGAUCGUGGACUUUGCAAACUGCGUGACCGGUGAGGACGGCGUGCCCCCCACGGCGCGUUGUCCCCCGCACCAUCCCGACGACAUCGACCGGGGCUACCUCCGGGGGCUGCGGUCGCUGCGCAUGUACUUCCAACGCAUUCUGAAGGAAAUCACCGAGGAUGACUACAUCGAACGCGGCGAGGGCGAAGCCAUCGGCUUUCGGGUGCAGAUGGCCGGACACGAGGUGUCGUCGGACCGCUACUAUGAUGAAGGGGUCGUGGAGAGUGAUCCGGGCGAAGUUAGUAUGUAG